AUGAGCACGUCCACUCUUCGUCUGGGCCUGCCCACAGUAGGGCACGCUCCAUCUCUGUCAUCUCGUACAAACCCGUCCGAGAGGCAUGCUCUCACCUCCUCGUCCUCACAGCGCUGCGCCGCAUCUGCGAUCCGGACGUCGUCGCUGGUCCUCUCGUUUCUACUGCUCCUCUUUGUCCAGCCGUCUGCGCAGCAGAGGGAUCCCGUGAGCGACUUUUGCCGACGCUUCGGGCACCAGACGGCCGUUGUUGACAAUAAGCUCUUCAUUGACGGAGGCAUCCUGAACUGGAGCCCUGUGGCUGGCAAUUACACGAACACAUGGCUUCUCUACCAGGACCUCACCGAGGUCGCCGAGUCGGGCAUGCCACAGCUCCACGCAAAUCUCAGCAAGAACGCGACGAUCCCGAGCGUCCACGGCGGCGCGCUGUGGGGCGACGACGUGAACAAGAGGAUCUACCUUUUCGGCGGUGAGUAUCUCCAGGACGCACCGUCAGCGCACUUUGAGCUCUUCGCCUACGACAUCCUCCACGACCAAUGGGACGCGCUCGGCCCGCCGCUGAGCCGCGACAUCCAGAGCGCGAGCUAUGGCGCCGGCGUCGCCGUGUCGAGCCGCGGCGAAGGCUACUAUUUCGGCGGCUGGCUCAGCAAUGCCUCAGUUCCCGAUUGGGGCGCCGGCCCGCCCGUCGCCACGACAGGGCUCGUCCGGUACUCGAUGGACUCGAACGAAUGGGCCAACGUCACGGGUCCGGACGCGAUCCGGCGCGCCGAGGGCGCCAUGGUGUACAUCCCCGCCGGCGACGCCGGCAUGUUGGUGUACCUCGGCGGCGUGCAGGAUCUAUACCAGAACGGGACGGCCACGGCGCAGCCCAUGGACGAGGUGUUUCUGUACGACGUGCUGAGCAGCAAGUGGUAUACCCAGGAGACGACGGGCACAACGCCUGAGAGGAGGAGGCGCUUCUGCGCUGGCGUGACCUGGGCGGAAGAUCAGUCCUCGUAUAACAUAUAUCUUUAUGGCGGUGCUCCGCCGCCCGAAGAUGAGCCCGGGGCUGGCUUCGACGACCUCUACAUCUUGUCCAUGCCCUCGUUCACCUGGAUCAAGAUGUAUCCGAAUUCCACCGACACGGGCGACUUCCCGCACCACUCCCUGUCGUGCAACAUGGCGCCCGGUGGCGCCCAGAUGCUUAUCAUCGGCGGCAGCUUUCCCACGACGCAGGACUGCGACACGCCGGGUCAGUGGGGCACGCACAAUGCCGACCUCGGCCGCCAGAACAACAACAGCAGCCCCUGGGAGCUCUUUGUCCCGAAUAAGACGUCGUACGCCGUGCCCACCGACAUCCUCUCCGUCAUCGGCGGCGCAGCUACCGGCGGUGCCACCAAGACGGCGCCGGCGUCCGGAUUCGGGCACCGCGACCUGGCGGUGCUCAUGACGCGCAAGGCGGACGUGGCGGCGCGAACGCCAACGCGGGACGUUGAGCGCGGCGCCGACGGCGAUGGAGGAGCGGGUUCGGGACCAGCCCUGUCGACGGGUGCUAUUAUCGGCAUUGCGCUCGGCGGCCUCGCUCUCCUCGCGGCGCUGUUCGCAGGCGGCUGCUGCAUCGCUCGGCGCCGCAGGGCGAAGCGGAAAGGCGCAGUUCCAGCAGGCGGUUGCGCCCUACCACGCCCCGACGUCCGAGAUGGCGUGGUCUCCUACCCAGACGACGACCUUUUCAUCGAGCCCCUCGCCCCACGUGCAGGUCCUGUCUCGGCCCGCAGACCGUUCCGCCAUAUGUCGGGCCACCCGUCGAGCUGCCGUCGGAUACUGGGCAGAGGCAGUACCAGUCUGGGUACUUUGCCGAGCAGGCGUCUCAGCAGCAUCAGUACGUGCAGAGGUCGAUGCCAGCGCACGAAGUCAGCGGGUUGCCCAAAGCCGACGUCGCCAGCAGAACCAGCAGCAGCGCCAGCAGUACAGUCCCGCCACGCCAGGCAGUGA